CUACUACUUUACGCGUUUGCCAUGUUACGAGAGUCAAACCUCUCUCUCUUUUCUCAGACAAACUCUCCAUGUCCUAAAAUCAAUAUUUCUCAGACGAAUUCAACUCCUUCGGAUUCAAGUUCCUUCCUCUCACCAGUAGUAAAUCAAUUGUUGCGAUGGCAGAAGCAGUGGUGUCGACUGCUCUGGAAACCUUGCGCGAUUUGUUGUUGGAAGAGGGAAAGUUUUUAUAUGGCGUAGCCGAUGAAGUGAAGGAGCUCGGGUGGCAGCUGAAAGAGAUGAAGUGUCUCCUCGAAGAUGCUGACAGAAGGCGGCGUGAGAGCAGAACCAUUUUCAAUUGGAUCUCGGAGAUCAGAGAUCUGGCAAACAGAGCCGAAGCUGCCAUUGAAAGACACGCAGCUUAUCAAGUGUCUUCAAGGAGAAGACGAGGUCUGAGACAGCUCAUCCGCAGAUAUUCUUGUAUUUUGGAGGAAUGCUACUUGCUUCACCAACUAGGCUCCGAAAUCUCACCAAUCAAAUCCCGCCUUGAAAGGAUAAGCAAGGACAUGCAAGAGAAUGGCAUAAAGAGGAGCAUCAUCAUCAAUCGAGACGAAGGGGAAACCUCGUCUACCAACAUUAAUAGGAAGACCUUCCCCGAAUUCGAGAUCGGAGACUGUUUUGUGGGGAUGGAGGAUGAGCUGAAGCAGCUUCGUAAUCUCCUAAAACAAGACAACGAGAAUCGAGUUAUUUCAGUGUGGGGAAUGGGGGGAUCGGGCAAGACCACCAUUGCCAAAAAACUCUACAAUGAGACCAGCUUUGAUCUUCGCGCAUGGGUUUGCAUUAGUCAGCAAUUUGAGAGUUUUCGAUCAGUUUGGGAGGAUGUGCUCAAGCAGCUAGAGCAACAAAACAACAAGGGUGUGAGCGAUGGCCCACAAAUAAUGAAGGACGACCUUCUGAGUCUGAGCAACUCAGAGUUGAUUGAGCGACUAUGCAAGAUACAAAGAGAGAAGCAAUGCCUCAUUGUUGUAGACGAUCUUUGGGAGACUUCUCACUGGGAUAGCUUCAAGCAUGCCUUUCUUGUCCAGGAUUUGCACAGCAAGAUCUUGCUCACCACGCGUGAACGGAAGGUUGCAGAGAUUGGAUUCCCAUUAGAACUUGGGCUUCUAAAUGUGGAACAUGCUUUGGAACUAUUGAAGAAGAAAGCAUUUCCCCAUACCAACAUUCCAGAGUUUGCAUUGGAAGAAAAUUUUGAGGAAAUUGGGAAAGAAAUGGUGCAGAAAUGUGGGUAUUUGCCGUUGGCAAUUUCUUUACUCGGUGGGGUCUUGAGAGUGAAAAAUUCGAUGAUGGAGUGGGAGCUAGUAAAUAGGGAUAUCAAAGAAUUCAUAUACAGAGAUGAAAAUGAGAUUGAUGGAGUGCUAAAUUUAAGCUAUGAAAGUCUACCAUAUUAUUUGAAGCCUUGCUUUCUGUAUAUGGGAUUAUUUCAAGAGGGCCAAAACAUUAAUGCUGGGGAUCUAUAUAGGAUGUGGAUAGCACAAGGCAUGGUUUCAUAUGAGAAUAUUGGAGACAAGGACAAAACUUUGAUGGAAAUCGCGGAGCUCUACUUGGGUGAGUUGGCCUCUAGGUCCAUCGUCCAAGUUGAAAUCAACGGUGUGUCACAACAACAAGAAAAUAUUGGAGGUGCAAACUUCAUGAUGUAGUAAGAGAACUAUGUAUUAAAUUGGGUAAAAGGGAGGAUUUUGGUGUGCAAAGUUUGGAGUAUCAAAGUGGGAAACUUAGUACCUUACUACGACAAGCUUCCUCUCAUAUGAAAAUACGACAUUUGGCCAUCCAUUUCAGAACACAGGAAAUUGAACCUGAAGCUGACGAGCUUACAAUCACUUGUGGAGAAGAUAGUAGCAAAAAUUUAAGGUCUCUUCAAAUGUUCAAUCGUAGUAAUUCUGAUGAGUUUCCCCCGCAAAGUAUCGGUGACUUUCAUAAAUUCAAAUUGCUCAAAGACCUAGUCAUGGUGGGAUUCAAAUUUGUAGGAAGAAAGUUACCAAAAGGAAUCACUAAUCUUGUUCACCUUAGACGUUUGCGUUUAGAAAAAUGUGAAUUUGAUAAGCUACCGUCAUCCAUAAGGAAUUUGGUAUACAUGGACACCCUUGAUUUAAGUCGUUCGGGGAAUGUUGAAGUACCAAAUGUUUUCAAAGAGAUGCUACGUUUAAAACACUUGUCUCUUCCCGAUUAUGAGAAGGAAAAUAUUGGAAGUUAUCGAUUAACAUUGGAUGAGGGAGUGAUUGAGUUGGAAAGCCUAUGGCAGUUGGAUAGUAGAGUGCAUGAAUUAAAAUGUAUGAACAAAAUGAAGGAUCUUCGGCGUUUUGGAGCACGCAUGCACGACAAUGAAAGCUUGUCAGCCAUGAUCGACGCCAUUGCUAUCAUGGACAAGUUAGUGUUUUGUAGUGUUGAAAUCAAAGAGGGUUGUGAGUUAGGAACAAAUGAGGGAGUGUUGAAGAAGGUAUUCACAUGUCCCAAUCUUCAUUUCUUGUCGAUUAAAGUCAACUUAGGGAAGGCGUUGGUGGAGUGUGGGCGUGACUUCAUGAGCUCAAACCUCAGGAGAUUGUUAUUGUCUGAAUGUGAGAUUGAGGACGAUCCAAUGGAGAUACUGGGGAAGCUUCCUUGCUUGGUAGAAUUGUUUUUAUUCCGAAAAUCAUUUGUCGGGGAGGAGAUGACAUGUCCAUCAAACAGUUUUCCUCGCCUCAUGAAGCUUGUGCUAUAUCAAUUACCAAUGUUGAGGGAGUGGAAAGUGGAGACAAGAGCCAUGCCUCUUCUCUCCCAAUUACAGAUCAUUGAGUGUUCUAGGCUGAAGAUGAUUCCAGAUGGAUUAUUACACAUCAUUGAGUGUUCUAGUCUGAAGAUGAUUCCAGAUGGAUUGAGUGGCAUUUCUACUCUUCGGGAAUUGAUACUUUAUGGAAUGCCAGAAUUGGCAAAAAGAGUAUCGGCAUCAGGAGAAGAUUUCCACAAAGUCAGCCAUGUCCCUUCAAUUAUCAUCAAAAACUAAUGUCCACCCAGGUACGGUAUCUUAUUUCUCGCAUUUUCAGUUUUAGUUUUCACUAUUAAAAGUAUAUAUUUGUGUUUGUUCUUACUCUUAUAGUUAGUUUAUCCUGUUAAAAUAGGCAUCACAACCAUAAUUAAGUAACUAAAACAAAUGUUUAUCUUCUUCUUUCAACCGUUUUGUAUUGCAGGCAAGUUGGGCUUGUCCUUCGGAUUUGGGUUCUUCGUUAGUUUUGUGAUUCUACCGUUUAUCUUCUUCUUUCUAACAUUUAGCCGAGCACUCUUUUUCUACAAUUUAUCUUCUUUUUUCUACCGUUUAGACGAGCACUCUUUUUCCUUUACUAGUUUUUUCUCAUUGAAUUUUCACCAUAAAAGUUUUAACGAGACUCGGCCCUUAGUUUGCGUUUUGUGCUUUCAGGGGUUUUUAGGUUUUUUUUAAUAAAAACUUGAUUUGAAGAAUAUAUAUAUGCAUUCUCAAAGUCUAAUCCCCUCGUUGUAUUUUUAUUUUCACUCCUAACAAAUUUCAUACUCGUCUCCUAUUAUUGGACUUUGGUAUUAUUGUUGACUUACAGGUUGAGCAUUGGUUUUCUUGAGAGUUACUCAUUAUCACUACCACUUUUGGUGCUCAAACAUUUUAUCUUUUCUUUAGAGGGUAUAUAUUCGUUAUUAAGGUUUUAAUGAAGCUCAACGCAUUAUUUAUUUAUUAUUUGUAUCUCGAGGUGCAGUCUUGUUGUUGCAUUUCUCAAGGGUUCCUCUUUGUACUCUUUUCCCUAGAAUAAAAUAUAUUAGUAUUUCCUAGUUAUGUUUUGUGUGUAAGAAAUUAUAUAGAAUUCAGGUAAUUUAAAGUUGUGUUGGUCAAUGUGGUAUAUGAUUAUAAUGUUCAACACAAUCCGUCAAUUUUAAGCUCAAAUACAGUUUUACAUGCUUAGCUAACCAAGUUGGAGCUUACUUCAUUACAAAUGUGAAGUGGGCUCCAUCGUAAUCAAAAGUUAAACGAGCGGAGCUCGAACCCGACCUUGCCCAUUUACAAACCCGAGCUCGUAAGCCGACCUUAAGCCCUGCAGAGUUAAAGAUUUGCUGCUCUGUAUGGACCUAAUGGUAUCAAUUAUCAAAGUCAUCCUCAAUUGAUACAAUCAGAUUGGAUUGCGAUUUUUGUUUAGAAUCCAAUAAAUUGAAAAUUGGGUUGGUUAGCAUGAAUAUACUACUUUUAGCUAAGGCUCUAAUAGAAAUUUAAAUAGGCCCAAGUCAUCUUAUUAUCUUGUCAGACCAUAAAUUAUCAAAACCCUGAAUAAAAUAGUUCAUAAAUAAUUGAAUUGUUCCAUGUAGCUCCAUAUUUUAAAUUGUAGCACCGCAUGUUUUUGCAGAGCUCCGAUAUUCCUUACCUUUAUUUAUGUUUGGAUUCUCAGGAGCAAGAAUAUUAUUGAUUAGUCAUCGUCAUAGCCAUACAAGGGAAGUGGUUGAAGAGCAUAAAUAACAAUACUGAGAUGUUUUAAAGGAAUAUCCUUGCGGCGCGAGUCAUGGUGAGUGUAGAUGAGGACUCUUGAUACCUCCUUUAAAGGAGAUUGUUCACAUUGCUAGAUAGAAUUUUCUGCUUAAUGUUAAGCAUGUGUAUCGGGAGACUAAUAUGGCGGUCCAUAACUUAGCUAAUUUUUUUAGUCAUUGUUCAGAGGGAUAUUAUUGCUGCUGAUUCUUCGUAAUAUAUUGGUUUUUCUUUGAUUUAAAAAAAACAA